GUGAAAGUUAUUCUCUGUGUAAAGAAAAAGAGAAGAAGAAAAAAGAUGGUGACAACAAUGGCGAUGAAGGUGAGCUUGGAGGGGAAGAUAGUGGUGUUGGUUCCGUACAUGGCGGCCCAUGUCCCAAAGUAUCAUCGCUGGAUGCAGGAUUCGGCGCUUCUUCAAGCCACAGGAUCUGAGCCUUUGAGUCUCGAGCAGGAGUAUGAGAUGCAAAUCUCUUGGACUCAAGAUCCCAAUAAGCGGACUUUCAUUGUGUUGGAUAAGGACUUAAUAAACGGAGAAUUGGCUUAUGGCGAACCUCAUGUCGAAGCCAUGGCGGGUGAUGUGAACAUUUACAUGAACGAUGUGGAUGAUCCUAAGGUUGCAGAGGUUGAAAUAAUGAUAGCUGAGUCCAAAAGCCGUGGUAAAGGAAUAGGAAAAGAAUCUGUCUUGAUGAUGAUGGCUUACGCUAUCAAAAACUUGGAGAUUCACAAGUUCACAGCCAAGAUUGGGGACUCAAACACAGCUUCCCUCAGCUUAUUCCGCAAACUGGGUUUUGAGGAUUCUUCUUACAGUGGUAUCUUCAAAGAGGUUACACUGGAGUAUAUGGUGACAAAUCUCCGUCGAGCAGAGCUCUUGAAGUUAUUAGAGGAUGUCAUCACGCACACUUAUUCAUCGGACAAUCCAUCGGAUUCACUGCUAACAGGAGAAACUUGUAUUGCAUAAAGCUUUUGUUCAAUGCUUAUUAUUGUUAGAGAUCAUGAAUUGAGGCUGAGCCUAAACUAAUGAUGGUAGCACAAUAAUUUAUGGAGCUUCCAAGUUUCAAUGGACCAUAGUAAAUGAUAUUAUUCAGCACACUGCUAA